AUGGAUCCGCCGAAGGUCGUAUUUUCAUCGGCUCAAUCGGCAGCCUUCAGGGAUGGGAAGCUUUUGGCCGUGUGCCUACACACGGAGUUCGGAGACGAGUUGUGCGCUUCUCUCCUGUCCAAUAGUCUGGUGAUAGAGAUUUUGGACACUAACUUUGUCUUCUAUGUUGAGCAUGGCAAGGGCCCGCGCAUGCGCAGCCUUGUACAGCGUUUGGAUGCCAAAAGACUCCCCCAGAUGUCAGUCAUAGUUAUGCGGAGCGACAGGGAAUAUGCUGUUAUCGCUAGCACGAGUGAUUUUUCAACUCCUAAUAACGUGAUUUCAAUGCUUCUAGGGGCCAUCGAAAAUCCCGUGAGGUCUAUUGGGACCCGGUCGGAUGAUUUAAACAUUAAUCGGCAGAUUGUUACCGAACAGGAUGCAGAACUACAGAAAGCAAUAGAAGCAGAUGUUGCCCGGAUGCGUGCCAAAGAGCUGCGGGAGAACGAUGACCUUCGGAGGCGCCAGCUCCGAGCAGAUAUUAAGCUGAAACGCCAACAAUUAAUCAGUGAUCGCAAGGAGUUUGCUAGGAAGUUCGCAGCGACCUCCCAUACUGGCGACACAAAGAUAAAAGUGCGCCUACCAAGCGGCCGAACCAUUGAAUCGGUAUUCAACAAGGACGACACCGUGGAGAGGCUGUACGAGUGGGUGGGUGCCGCCGAGUACUUCGGCGACGACCAGAUUAAGAUUCCUUACGUCUUUGACCUAUCUAUUCCUCACCCAUCCACAACCCUGGGAGAUCGAUCGCAGACACUGGAGAACGCGAACCUGUACCCGAACGCUUCCUUGGUUUUGAUCUCGCGUGACGACUCCGAUGAGGACGAUGUGUGA